AUGGACGAAAUGGAGCAUUUUCUGACUACUGAUCUACGCAAAGGCCCUCCUGGUACACCCCUGGCUCAGCGGACAGCACUCGGAUGGGUUCUCUUUGGACGAACCAGAAAUCCAACAACUACUACACACGCGGAGGUCCCGAGCCUACAUUGCGAUGUAGAUCUUGUUAAGAUUUUAAGCAAGGUUUGGGAGCUUGACCAGGCCCCGCAUCGGCAACAUCUCACGAACGAAGAAAAGUUCUGUGAAUAUCUCUUCGACUCAACACACCAACGUGCAGCAGACGGGCGUGUCAUUGUGCAGCUACCUCUAAAACCUUCUGUGCCUAUAGGCGAGACCCGUUCUGUCGCAUUACGCAGUUUUUACAGGCUUGAGAAGCGAUUAGCUGCAAACGAAAACCUACGUCGGCACUAUGUGGAGUUCAUGCAUGAGCUGUUGCGGUUGGGUCACAUGGAGUGCGUCCGUGAUAGACCCUCAUCCUGCUAUUACAUGCCUCAUCACGCGGUAUUAAAAGAGACAAGCGAAACAACUAAAAUAAGAGUUGUGUUCAACGCAGCGAUGAAAUCCUCCUCAGAAUUAUUUCCCAUUCUAUUGCGUUUCCGUAUGCAUCGUUAUGCCAUGACCGCCGAUAUAGCGAAAAUGUACCGCCAAGUAUAUGUUCACGAGAAGCAUGUGGAUUUCCAAAGAAUCGUGUGGAGAGAUGCGCCAACCGAAGAACUGAAAGACUAUCGUAUACUUCGUCUCACUUACGGUACAGCUGCUGAGCUCACACUUUUGGAUAAUAUUCCAACAUCCACAACGCCGAUAAAUCAUUUGUUAGCUGAAAAGGGGGAAGUGAAAACGCUGGGGUUAACGUGGAACACGUCUCCCGAUUACUUGACGUAUGCGGUAAGUCUUAAGACACCUCCUACUAUAUUGACCAAAAGAGGUUUCCUGUCGGAUGCCAGCACUACUUUCGAUCCGCUCGGUCUAAUCGCACCUUGCACUAUAAAGGCGAGAAUUUGGUUUCAGCAAAUUUGGCGCACUGAUGUCGAUUGGGACGAACCUGUUUCCGAUCAAAUAGCGAAAGAUUGGUACUUUCAUCGUGACGAGCUUCGAUUGUUGUCUAACCUUAAAUUAAACCGUUGGCUGGGUAUGAGCCCCAAUGCGCACACCGAAUUUCAAGUAUUUGCAGAUGCUUCGGAGAAGGCGUAUGCGGCGGUGGCCUAUGCACGUACUAAGUACAUAGACGGCAAGAUCGUGGUCAAUCAAGUUGCAUCCAGGUCGAAGGUCGCUCCGCUGAAAACUACAACUUUACCCCGACUGGAGCUGUGCGCUGCUCACCUAGCAGCAAAACUCAUUAAGCAGAUCACCGCUUGUGUGUGCUCGCCAGAAAGCCGCAUGUUCGGGUGGACAGAUUCAACUGUGGCAUUGGCUUGGCUACAAAGUCACCCUAGCCGAUGGUCUACAUUCGUGGCGAAUCGCGAGGCGGAAGUGCAGGAAAUACUACCCUCCGAAUGUUGUGCGCAUGUCAGAUCCGAAAGCAAUCCUGCUGACUGUGCCUCCAGGGGUAUGUUGCCAUCGAGUUUGCUGUCACAUAAGUUGUGGUGGCACGGUCCAUCGUGGUUGUCGUCUUCUAGCUACGUACAAUAUGAGGUCAAGCGACAAGAUCACAUCACUCAGCUUGAGUUGCGUAAGAAAACUGCUGCCGUAAAUGUAGCUGAACCAUCACAGCAAUGGACCCUUCUCGAAAAAUGCUCCUCAUUCACGAAGCUGAAAAGAGUUACGGCCUAUGUGAUGUGCUUCAUCGAAAAAGUUCGCAGUUGCGCGCAAACAAUGCCUCGCAGGCAAACACGACCCUUAACCAGCAAAGAAAUCCAAUUCGCAGAGCUAAAACUCAUAAGCGCCAAAAAGCCACUUCCACGACGUAGCAGUCUUUAG